AUGAGAUUGGAAGAUGAAUAUAAAUUAUAUGAAAAACCUUCAUCUCCACGAGUUAAUGUCACAGACUGGGUAACUCGGUUCCCGCAAGCCUGGACAGAAACCGCCGGUAUGGGGAUGGCUAAAAAUCGGCCCCCAGUACUAGUGGAACUCAAGGCAACUGCCACCCCAAUAACGGUUCGUCAAUACCCCAUGAGUAAGGAAGCCAAAGACGGCAUCCGUCCUCACAUACAGAGGUUGCUGGAAUUGGGUAUUCUGGUAAGAUGUCAAUCCGCGUGGAAUACCCCUCUCCUGCCAGUUAAGAAACCGGGAACUAAUGAUUAUCGACCAGUACAAGACCUGCGUGAGGUAAAUAAACGAGUGGCGGACCUCCACCCCACAGUACCAAAUCCUUAUAAUCUCUUAAGCACUCUUCCGCCCCAACUUACAUGGUAUACUGUUUUGGACCUUAAGGAUGCUUUUUUCUGCCUAAGACUUUCUCCCCUCAGCCAGCCCUACUUUGCCUUCGAAUGGAAGGACCCAGCAUCAGGGAUAUCUGGCCAACUGACAUGGACUCGUUUACCUCAGGGAUUUAAAAACUCCCCUACCAUCUUCGAUGAAGCUCUUCAUCAGGAUUUAGCGUCGUAUAGAGAAUCAAAUCCACAGGUAACGCUACUUCAAUAUGUUGAUGACAUCUUAUUAGCUGCUGAAACCCAGGAAGAUUGUAUCAAGGGAACUGAAAAACUGUUAACAGAGCUCGGAACCCUGGGAUAUAGAGCCUCAGCCAAGAAAGCACAAAUAUGCCAACAACAGGUCAGUUACCUGGGGUACCUGUUAAAAGGGGGACAAAGAUGGCUCAUGGAGAGCAGAAAGGAUACGGUGGCCCAAAUUCCGGCUCCCAAAAACGCCAGGCAGGUUAGAGAAUUUUUGGGGACGGCCGGAUUCUGUAGACUAUGGAUUCCAGGGUUUGCUGAGCUGGCGGCCCCAUUGUACCCCCUAACCAAAAACAGCACUCCUUUCGUUUGGGGCGAAAAGGAACAACGGGCUUUUGACCAAAUCAAACGAGCUUUACUUUCAGCUCCAGCCCUAGGACUGCCAGAUGUAACCAAACCUUUUCAUUUAUAUGUGGCCGAAAAUAAGGGCAUUGCAAAAGGAGUAUUGACUCAGAAAUUGGGUCCCUGGAAUCGCCCAGUUGCUUAUUUGUCAAAAAAAUUGGACCCUGUGGCAUCAGGAUGGCCCACCUGUUUAAAGAUAAUCGCUGCAGUAGCCGUUCUGGUCAAAGAUGCUGACAAACUAACUUUAGGACAAAAUCUAACGAUAACAGCUCCUCAUGCCCUGGAGAAUGUAAUCCGUCAAACACCGGGUAGGUGGCUAACUAAUACCAGGAUGACCCAUUACCAAACCCUGUUGCUAAACUCAGAUCGCAUCAAGUUUGCUCCAGCCACAGGACUCAAUCCAGCUACCUUGCUACCUGAUCCCGAUUUAGAAGGCUCCACCAUCAUCCAUGAUUGUCAGGAAGUGUUGGCUGCAGCACACGGUAGUAGACCUGAUCUGACGGACCUACCCCUUCCUGAUGCUGAUUUUACUUGGUUUACUGAUGGGAGCAGUUUCCUGGAAGGAGGUAAGCGUCGAGCUGGAGCAGCCAUUGUAGACGGAAAACAAGUCAUCUGGGCAGCUGCGCUACCACAAGGGACCUCAGCCCAACGAGCUGAAUUAAUUGCCAUGACAAGGGCAUUGGAGAUGGCAGAGAAUAAAAAGGUAAACAUCUACACGGACAGUAGAUAUGCAUUUGCUACCGCUCAUAUCCAUGGUGCCAUCUACCAACAGAGAGGGUUGCUAACCUCAAGUGGCAGAGAAAUUAAAAACAAAGACGAAAUUGUGGCUCUAUUGGCUGCACUCAUGCUUCCCACUAAAGUUAGCAUCAUUCACUGCCCUGGACACCAGAAAGACAAUACCCCAAUAACUAGGGGUAAUAAUAUGGCUGACCAAGUGGCCCGAGAAAUAGCAUCGGGAGAAGUCAUUUUAGGACUGUCAGAUAAAGUUCCUGAAAAACCAGGCCGCGACGAGGAAAUCAUCCCGGCCACAACAAAAGGAACUUUGUCCCCUCAGCAAGCAGAAUCCAUGUUACAACAGAUUCAUAGAUGGACACAUCUGGGGACUAAAAAAAUGAUAUCCCUAUUACAUAAAACCGGGUACGGAACCCCUGGAUUGACGAAAUUAGCUGAACAAAUUGUACAGGAAUGUGUUCCAUGUCAACAGGUAAAUGCUCACAAGGGAAAACUUGAAAUUGGAAAAAGGCUCGGGGAGACCGCCCAGGAACUUACUGGGAGGUGGACUUUACCG